AUGUCGGUGAUAGAGCUUGGUGACUCUAUUCCAUCGCUCACCUCCCAUGCCGUGAGCGUGUCCCUACCAACAUGGUCGGACAAUGUAGGUUAUGAGGAAGGUGAUAGACGAGUCGUGGACAAAAUGACAACAGGCUAUCCACGAUUUUUCAUUCAUAAAUCUAUUUGUGCGUUAGCAGAUGCUAUCAUUGCCAGAUAUGGUAGCCCAAACCAAAAGGCCAUGUUGUUUCCUUCCCCAGCACCUGCCCAAAGAUGUCGCGACUUUAUCAAGGAAAAAGGAGAGCCUGACCUCAUCAAAGAUGUCGAGGUGAUUGAUUUGACCCUUGAUAAGGGGAAAGAGUCUUCAGAAAUCAUAUUGAAGAUCUCCCCCUCCAUAUCCGCUGUGAUCUAUCACAGCGACCUCUUCCCAGUAGCGAAGCAGUAUUGGCAACACUCUGGUGACGGAAUCUCAAGCAGACGUGCUGAGUUUUGCCACUCACUCUUUGUGGAUGGCAAGCUCGUGCCUGCGGUCACGCCGCAACCUGUAAUCCCUCAGAAAAGGGGUCCCAGACGAUACCAGCGAGGCUCUAUUGACCUUACUUCCACCCCAACAGACAAAAAGGUCAGCCCAGAAAGAGUCAAGGAUGCAGCAUUGAUCCAGGAAAGCACGCAGUUCCUCGAGGAUCGGUUCGGUCGGAAUCUUGAUUUAUCUUUUAUUGAUAACGCCAAGAUCUCCCUCCGUCGACGCAUUGCUGGCUCCUUGACAGGAGAUGUGAAUCUUGCCGAACCGAAAACGCCUGAGCAACCCUCUGACUCCCACGGAGCGACCCAGGACGAUGUAUAUCUCUACCCCUGUGGAAUGAACGCUAUCUUCAGCGCCCAUCGAAUGCUACUCCAGUCUAGAGGCCAGCUGAAGAGUAUAUCAUUCGGCUUUCCAUACGUGGACACUCUCAAAAUCCUCCAAAAAUUCGGCCCUGGAUGCAUUUUCUACGGACACGGUUCAUCAGAUGACCUGGAUGACCUGGAAGCCCGCCUUCAGGCCGGAGAAAAAUAUCUAGCUCUAUUCUGCGAAUUCCCCGGAAACCCUCUCUUGAAAUGUCCCGACCUCAAACGGAUUAGAAAGCUAGCCGACACCUACGACUUUGCCGUGGUCGUCGACGACACGAUCGGAACCUCCAUCAACGUUCAUGUCCUCCCUUACGCCGACGUGGUCGUCAGCAGUCUCACCAAGAUAUUCUCCGGAGACUGCAACGUCAUGGGCGGCAGCGCAAUCCUAAACCCCCAAAGAAGAUAUUACGACUCCCUGAAGAAAGCCUACGAAGCAGACCAUAAAGACAACACCAACUACUGGGCCGAAGACAUCAUCUUCAUGGAACGCAACAGCCGCGACUUCAUCAACCGAAUCAAGAAGAUCAAUCACACCACAGAAGCCAUCUGUGAUCUACUCAAGUCCCACCCUCUCGUCAAAGACGUUUACUAUCCCAAGUAUAGCUCAACGAAACAAUUCUACGAGGACUGCCGAACCCCAGAAGGUGGUUAUGGUGGUCUGCUGUCUUUCUUCUUCCACAAGAAAGAACACGCAAUCGCGUUUUAUGAUCGCAUCGAGACCGCAAAGGGACCUAGUCUGGGCACUAACUUCACUCUGACUUCACCGUAUGUCCUACUGGCUCAUUACUGGGAGCUGGAGUGGGCAGGUGGAUUUGGGGUACCUCCGGACUUGAUCCGCGUUAGUGUUGGCGUGGAAGACACGGAAGAACUCGUUUCGAGGUUUGUGGUUGCGUUGAAGGCUGCUGAGGCGGCUGAUUCCUGA